AAACUCGCAAAUAUAGGGAGAGAGAGAGAGAGAGAGAGAGAGAAAAGACACUACUACAUAAAUUGCAUUUCCCCCUAAAAUCCUCCAACCCUAAAAAGUCACAAUCUUCCCCGCACUUUUGAUUCCCCCCCUUUCUCUCUCUCUCUCUCUCUGCUUUGCCAUAAACUCUUCUCACUCUCCCACCAUAUACCCUCCAAAAUCACUUCUCUUUUUUUCCUCUUUCAACUUUCAAUUUUCAUUUCCAAUGGGAAAAUACAUGAAGAAAUCCAAAAUCGCCGGCGACGUCGCCGCCGUAAUCAUGGAUUCUCCAUCUCACGCUUCAACCGUCGGUGUACGAACAAGAGCAAAAACCCUCGCUCUCCAGAAAUCGCCGGUUUCUUCGCCGCAAAAUAAUGACUCCUCAUCCUAUCUCCAACUUCGCAGCCGUCGCCUCCGUAAACUCCCUCCGCCGCCGCAACCACGCAGGGAGAACGCCUCUGCCGGAAAUUCGAGACUUCGAGAAUGUUCUGGCAAAACGUCGUCGUCCGUUGAAAAAUUGGGAAGUUUUUGUGCUGAAGAGGAGAAUGUUGAUUUCACUGUUGAAGGUUCUUUUGGUGAAAAUUUCUUAGAAAUUGAAGGCAAAGAUAGAAGCACCAGGGAAAGCACACCUUGUAGUUUAAUAAGGGAUUCAAGUGUCAUUCAUACUCCUGGUUCGACGACAAAGCAAAGGACGCAGCGAGUAAUUCACGAAAACGUGCAAAGAAAUAUUCCAACUUCUAGUGAAAUGGAUGAGUUCUUUGCUUUGGCAGAGAAGCAGCAACAAGCAAUAUUUAUGGAAAAGUACAAUUUUGAUGUAGUGAAUGAUGUACCUCUACCAGGACGAUAUGAAUGGGUCCCUGUACUUGAUUAGGACAAGCUUUAACAAGCCAUUUGGAUUUCAAGCAAAGCUAUUAGACUUGUAAUUUAGCAGAGCUAGUAGCUUUUACUAACCAUUUAGAUCGCUUGAGAUCUUCUUGUUCAACGUAAGAAAAGGGUUCUAUGUUUAGUUUAGAAGACAUUUCUAAUAUGAGUAGUUAGUUUAGUGGUUUUAGAGAUGGUUAUAAAAUGUACUAUUUCUUACAUGUAGGGGUAGGGGGGUAUAUGGAUCUCAUUCUCAUCCUUUUAUUUUCUUUUGUACUGUUAACCUGUUGUCUAUAAUUUAGUAGGGAUUAUUAAUCUUUAAUUAUUAGAAUAAUUGUGUUUAUCCUUC